UCGCCGUCGUCAGAUCGGCUGCUCGGCCUCUUCUCCUUCUCUCCGCCUUCGUCCACCGCCGCGGGCGAGAAGCUCAACAACGCCGAGGUCUUCUGGACCACCGAUUUCACCGAGCCCGCCGUUAACACCCCAAACCCCCGCCUUAGUCUAACUCGUCGCGUCAAUUUCAGAAUAUUCGCGGUCCUCCCAGAACUGAGUCAAUCGGCACAAGUGUUGUACCGAAAGCCGACAAUUUCGUCAUUGUCGAAGCCCAUCCCUUCAAUUCCGAGACUUUUGCCGUCCCAGUCGGUUCCAAAUUCGAGAAAGCUCCAGAACUCGGCCCCGAUAAUGGUGUUGGUUCUAUCCCGGGCGGUGGAGAAGCACCGUAGAAACGAUGGUCUGGUUGAUGUGGUGGAUGAGGGGGACGAGGGAGACGACGAGAUGCUGCCGCCGCACGAGCUGGUGGCGAGGGGGUUGGGGGUGUCGGAUAGGACGACGUUUUCGGUGUGGUGUUCCUCGUCAACGUGGAGAGGGAAAAGGUAGUGAAGGAAGGUUGGGGGACAUGUGAAGAACCGA